ACAAAAACAAAUUUUAAAUUGCAUGAAAAUCUUGAUUGUGCCAAGCAUCUCAAAUUUCAAAUAACGUUUUAACCUCUGCAUGUAGCAAGAAGAUAUCAAUUAAAAAAUGACAAAUAAGAAAAAAAAUAUUCUCAAGGAUCUUCGUGGUAACUCCAACUUCGCGUUGAUUGAACCGCUUAAAUCUAUAACCCCUAAUACUACAGCCAAAGAUCUAACUGAAGCUCAAAAGAUAGCUUUUACUGCAAUGAUGCGAAUGGCCCUUGAUCCCCAGGACAGAAAUUGGAACAAACGAAGAGAAAAACUUGAUAGAAAAGCACGCAAACGAAUGGAGGCAGAACAGCUGCAGCAACGUGAACAAUCAACAAUCACAUUUCCAACGAUCGAACAAUUCGAAGUGAAAGCAUGCACACAAAAGACCCCAGAACGGCGACAUCCGUAUGCGCUGAAUCCACAUCAUCAUCGCGGUGCAUCAACAACUAAACCUUCAAUUCAACGGAAGGAAAUCGAACAGCAGCAACGGAAACCGGAAGUCUAUUGCCACCGCCCAGGGAAACUUAAACGCGAAGUGCAACAGAUGCGUAUCAAGCGAACUUUUCCUCUCCCCCCGACCAGACCCGGCGAUGCCUGUCGAAGAUUCGGAUUCAUUCCGGCUUCUGAACGCAAACCACAGUUGAAUGAUUAUCGGAAGUAGAAUGAAAAUAGUAAGUUUUGGUACAAUAUACAAUGAAAAAAUUGCGAGUUAUCAUAAAAAUAACAAUGAUUAAAUGACAUUUCAAUGAAUAAAAUGGAAGUAAAGUCACUGAACGUUGAAAGAUG